AAGUUUUUUGUCAAUCAACAAUUUUAGUGCCUUUUAACCAUCAACAUGAAUGUUAAUGAUCUAUAUGAUAUUUGUUUGAUGACAAUAUUUGAUAAGUUUGAUGAGCUUGAAGAUCUUCUAAUUAUAUCUCAAGUUUGUUCAAAAUGGCGGAGAUUGGCGCAGAUUCGAUGCGAGAAAAUCACAGGCUUGACAUUUUCACCAAGAAACAAGGUAUAUAUAUUACCUAAACCUCAGAAUAUCUACACGAAAAGUUAUAAAUUCAUGGAGAAUAUCAAUGUUGCCGAAGUAUUUCCGAACCUCAAGCUAUUGGAAGCUCAUUCUUUUGGUCCAAUAUGUCUAUGUAGAGUUGUAGCAAAUGUAUUGUCCACUGGAAAUCCACUGAGGGGAUUGUUUGUUGAAUUCGAGCGCGUAAGCACCUAUGAAAUAUAUAAGGGUAAAGCCCAACAUCAUGUUGACCUGGACCAGGAAAUAGUUAAACACUGUGGUAAUCUUACUCGACUUUUGGUGAACGAUCCUAAAUUUCUUGAUCUCUUUUUCAAUAAAUAUAAAUUCGGUGCUAAGUUGAAAAUGUUUGGUGGAUUUUGUGGAUCUAAAAUAGGUACUUUCAUCACUUAUGCUAAUCGAAUGCCGAAUCUUAAAAAACUUUAUUUACAAGAUAAGGAAGGUAAUUUUCACUUGUUACGAUUGUUAAUAAGAGAAAUUAAUAUUCAUUUAUUUUAUCAGUUACAGAGAACUUCCAGUUUCAAGCUUUGGUUACAAGUUUCCAGGAGUAGAAGAAUUAACUCUAGCCUCAGAGAUUUACAUAUUGCUUACAUCGAUUAUGAUUCUGGAAAAUUUGGUAGUUUAGCAGAAUCAAUUCCUAAAAAGAAAUCAUCUUCGUCUUCAUCUUCAUCUAAUUCAAUAAUACGAACUGUUAACAUAAUCGAUUGCCUUGAAAUGCCUUGUUCAGGAUCAACCAUCCAAAGAUACACCAAAGAUACAACCUCACCACCCACAACAACAACAACUUAUCCAUCAUCCUCAUCCUCAUCACUAUUAGCUAAUUUUUUUCCCUGUCAUAAUGGUGGUACCUGUUUACCUUUAAUAUCACCAAUCGAUGGCUCAUGUAAAUGUAAACCUGGUUACACAGGGAAUCAUUGUCAAUUGGUGAGUGGUGACAAUUUUUGCUCAAAAGAAAACAAUCCUUGUAUCAAGGAUACAAUUUGUGCCUCAUUACCUGAGAAUCAGGGUUACUCAUGUUUCUGUACCUCUGAAGAUAAUAGUCUCAACCUUUGUCUCAAUGGUAAGUUUAAAAUCCAUAAAAUUUUCUUUUCAAUACUCAGAGUAACCUGUUCACUCAAAGUUCUAGUUCGUUUUAACAACACAAUCAACAUGAAUCUAAAUGAUCUUCCUGAUAUUUGUUUGAUGACAAUAUUUGAUAAGUUCGAUGAGCUCGAAGAUCUUAUAUCUUCAUCUGCAGUUUGUUCAAAAUGGCGGAAAUUGGUUCAGAUUCGAUAUGAGAAAAUCACAGCGUUAACAUUUGCGUCAAGAAGGAAGAUAUUACCUCCGCCUGACAAUAUCUACACCAAGAGUUAUCUAUUCAUAGAGAAUAUCAAUGUGGCCGAAGUAUUUCCGAACCUCGAGCUAUUGGAAGUUCUUUAUAUUCCUUCUACUCCUCAAACAUGUCCAUGCAGAGUUAUAGCGAAUGUAUUGUCUACUGGGAAUCCACUGCGAGGUUUAUCCACUCGACUUGAAUGCAAAAGUGAAGUAGAAAGUGUUGAUGAUCGUCAUUGUGACGUUGACCUUGACCAACAAAUAGUUAAACACUGUGGUAAUCUUACUCGACUAUUGGUGAAUGAUUCUGGAUUCUUGAAUCUCUUUUUCAAUAAAUACAAAUUCGGUGAAAAGUUGCAAAUGUUUGGUGGUAGUUUUUGUGGAUCUUACAUGGCAACUUUCAACACUUAUGCUACGCGAAUGCCGAAUCUUAAAAAUCUCUUUGCAAAUGAUCUUAAAGAACCAAACCCAUACCAAGUGUAUCCAGGAGUAGAAAAAAUCACUUUCGAAUCGCACUGGCCAGGAUCUCCUUUUGUAUGGCCAUCAUGCUUCCCUGAUUUACGAAGUUUACACAUCAGUUCUCAUAUAAGUUUAUCGAAUUAUGUUAGGCCACCAAUAUACAAAAAGAAUUACAAUGUUCGAAAAGUUUCCAUUGUUUUUCAACCAAAUCCAAGAAAUCUACGUACUAUUACAAAAAAUCUGAUCAAAAAUGUCGCAUUUCAAUUCCCUAAUUGCCUAGAACUGACGAUACUUUGCCCAAGUAAAGUUUUUACGAAAAAUGAUCCAUUCAAUAUAAUCAAGACAAUGCCGAAUUUAUCUCUUCUUCGUUUAAGUCCAACAAAUUUCAAUGACCUUGGUGAUGACAUAACCAAAAAAAUCGCAGAUUACUGCCGACAUGAAAAUCGAAACCUUGUAUUCGAAAUAGUCGAGGAAAGAGAUUAUGAGAAAGCAAAUUUCCUGAAUAUGGACACUAAGUUUUUUUUGCCUUUUAAAAAAUCCAACUAAGCAUCUUGCGAUCAAAUAAAAAUAAGGUUAAUUCAUGACCUUGAUCACGAAGCAUUCGAAUUAAAUCAAUACAAUCACAAGAAAAAGGGUUAACCAGAAAAAGGAGAUUUUUUUCGAUUUUUAAAAAGUUCAGUUGUACCUUGUUGCGAGGAAAGGAAAAUGUAUUAAUAAUAAAUUUAUUACUACAAUGAUUGGGCUUGCAAAAAACAUUUUAAAGAAUCGAAUUAUUUAUUUUUUGUUCGAUUCUCCCAACCACGAAUAACAAGCUAUAUGCAAUCUUUAGAAGUUAAAAUAAGUGGUAUACCAAAGUAAAGAGUCUCAAUGAAUGUAUUGUUACCUCCAUGGGUUAAAACGAGGUCAACCUUUGGAAGAAUUUUAAUUUGAUUCAAAUAUCUUCCACCGAUCAUAUUAUCAUAUAAUUUUAUCUCCUCAUGAAAUGGACCUUUGGAUACAAUGAAACGAUGAAUAAAAUCACUAUGAAAUCUUUGCUAUUAUGAGUUAA